CAGCCUGACCCUCCCCCCGAGACACCCCCCCGCCCCCGUGCCCCUCCCCCAGCCGGCGCCUCUCAGACCCGCCCCCUCCCGAAGCAGUGGCCCCGCCCAGAGCCCCCCGGCGCCUUCCCCCUUCUAACGCGAACUUUGGUGUCCCGGGGGCGGGGCCGCUGCGCUCCGUGGGGAGCCUCAGCCCCGGGGUCUGCGGGCCCCGCCCUGCUGCUCCCCGGGGUCCGGGCAGCGCCCCUAGGAACGCCCCCUCCCCCCCGGCUCCCCCCGCGGCCAGGGCCGGGCUCCAGAGGGAGCGACCGGCCCCGCCCGGCUCGUGGCAGUCGGGGGCCAGGGAUCGUAAGGUAAUGCACAGCUACAGACUAGGGACCGAAUGGCUCGGCAGCAGUUCUGCGGAAAAGGACCUAGGGGUGACAGUGGACGAGAAGCUGGAUAUGAGUCAGCAGUGUGCCCUUGUUGCCAAGAAGGCCAAUGGCAUUUUGGGAUGUAUAAGUAGGGGCAUAGCGAGCAGAUCGAGGGAUGUGAUCGUUCCCCUCUAUUCGACAUUGGUGAGGCCUCAUCUGGAGUACUGUGUCCAGUUUGGGCCCCACACUACAAGAAGGAUGUGGAUAAAUUGGAGAGAGUCCCGCGAAGGGCAACAAAAAUGAUUAGGGGACUGGAACACAUGAGUUAUGAGGAGAGGCUGAGGGAGCUGGGAUUGUUUAGCCUGCAGAAGAGAAGAAUGAGGGGGGAUUUGAUAGCUGCUUUCAACUACCUGAAAGGGGGUUCCAAAGAGGAUGGCUCUAGACUGUUCUCAAUGGUAUCAGAUGACAGAACGAGGAGUAAUGGUCUCCAGUUGCAGUGGGGGAGGUUUAGAUUGGAUAUUAGGAAAAACUUUUUCACUAAGAGGGUGGUGAAACACUGGAAUGCGUUACCUAGGGAGGUGGUAGAAUCUCCUUCCUUAGAGGUUUUUAAGGUCAGGCUUGACAAAGCCCUGGCUGGGAUGAUUUAAUUGGGGAUUGGUCCUGCUUUGAGCAGGGGGGUUGGACUAGAUGACCUUCUGGGGUCCCUUCCAACCCUGAUCUUCUAUGAUUCUAUGAUCGUGCUGGGGGCGGGGUCACCUGGCUGAGGGGCCGGGCCAGGGGCGGGUAGCUGGGGGCUGGGGCUCCCUUUGCAGGUGACUGUCCCCUUCCAGGCGUCGGCUGCGUCUCCUGUCCCCCAGGUGUCAGAUACAGACAUGCCCACGUGUCGCAGCCCCCUGGGACUGGGCGUGGCUGACUUGCUCAUGUGGACCCUAUAAUUGUCAGUAGAGUCAGGCUGAGCUCCACCCUGGCAUCUGGUGGUGAGGUGUGGCAAAUUGUGGAAAAGAACUUCAGGGGCUGAUCUCAUUUGCAUAGGCACACCCACCCCGCCUAGAAUGAGGCCAUAACUGCCCAAAUGGUCACUUUGGCUGCUGUGGGAUCCCCAGUGUCUCUGUUAUUGGGGCGGGAAGAAUAAAUUGUUAUUACCCUGAUUAUGGGAACUGUGCUUGGAACUGUACUUGGGCUUUUGUUAUGAUGGAGGGACUCACCAUCAACUAAGUAGCACUUGCUAGGCAAGGGACAUGGGUUCCAAAACUCUGUGAAUUGAGGGGGGGAUUGAGACAGGUAUUUGUACCUGGUGGUGUGGGCCUCUUUGUGAGGGCCUGAAACACCAGUUGCACCUCUGUCUCUCUCCACUGUGGAAUGUCAGAGCUAAUUUUGGGUCUAUUAAGAGUCUUGCUACAGGUACUGUGCUGAAUUCACUUUGGCCUCAUGGUGCACCAGCAUUAAGGCUCCCACUACUAUGAGCUGAAAUCACUGAGCACUGUGUCAAGUAGUGGGGAGCCGGCAGAACUAGAGUGCAGUAGUGCUGUUCGUGGAUAGGCUGGCGGAGUGUUUGUGAGACGGCAAGGUGAGCUGUGGAGAGUGGAGCCGUUCAUGAGACGGCGAGCUGAGCAGAGCUGUUUGUGAGACGGCGGAGUGAAGUGUUCGUGGGACGGCAAGCUGUGCAGAGCGGAGCCGGUCGUGGUGGAGUGGAGCCGUUCGUGAGACAGCGGAGCAGAGCAGAGCCCUGUGGGGCAGUCAGCUUCAGGACACGUAAGGAUAUUGGAGUUGAGCUUCCUGGGUCAGACACUACUGCCUCCAUUCCAAUCUGGGAAUCAAGACUGAGCAGCUGCUGUUCCCCUGGCGGAAUCAAGGCUAGGGUGUGACCUUAAGUAAAGUCUUCUCUGUGCCCAGACAAGGUGCGGACUUUCUCCAGCUGUAAUUAGCCCAUAAGGCAGCCCUAGACUUUGCCAACACCAACAGCUGAGCCAGAAACUCCAGGUCUUCAUUGUUCCCCUUUUUAAAGACCGGUUUUAUGUUUGCCCUUCUCCUGUCCUGUGGGACCUCACCAUCCUCCAGGAGUUGUCAAAGAUAUUGGCUGCAGUGUAACAUCCCUGUUUUGCUCCAGAUCAUUCCAUCCUUCCAGGGAAGGGAAAUGGCUGCAGUGGAGCCAGUUGAGGGGCCGGUGACCUUCGAGGAGGUGGUUGUGUAUUUCACCAAGGAAGAGUGGGCUUUGCUGGACCCCGCUCAGAGAGCUCUGUACAGAGAUGUCAUGCAGGAGAACUAUGAGAAUGUGACCUCGCUGGCAGGAUUUCCAGUUUCUAAACUUGAUGUCAUCUCCCAGCUGGAAAAAGGGGAAGAAUUGUUUUCCACAGGUCUCCAGGACUCAGAGGAAAGAAAGCUCCUGAGAGGUAGGUAUACAGGUGAUGGGAUGGUGAUAGAGACCAUGGAGCAGAAUCCUCAGCAGGAAGAUGAUGAAAUGGAACCACAAGAGUCUUUAUUGCAAAGAUGCAAAGGGAGAGUGUCUAGGACUUGUGAGCAGGGAAAAGCCUGUGAGAGUCAGCACAGGCCAGAGAAGCGGCAGGGAAACCAGCCAGUGCAGAAAGCUGGAAAAUCUGUUAAUUAUCAGGGAACUCACAAAGGCCACAAGGAAACCAUGGCCCAGCAGAGAAUCCCCAUGGGAGAGAGAAGUAACACAUGUGUUGAGUGUGGGAAAAACUUCAGUAGGCGCUCGUGCCUUGUUAAACAUGAGAGAAUCCACACAGGAGAGAAACCCUAUGAAUGCUGUGAGUGUGGGAAAACCUUCACUGAGCACUCAAGCCUUAUUAAACAUCAGAGGAUCCACACAGGGGAGAAACCCUAUGAAUGCUCUGAGUGUGGGAAAACUUUCUCUCGGAGCUCAGCCCUUAUUGACCAUCAGAGGAUCCAUACCAGGGAGAAACCCUAUGAAUGCUGUGAGUGUGGGAAAACCUUCUCUCAGAGAUCAACCCUUACUAACCAUCAGAGGAUCCACACAGGGGAGAAACCCUAUGAAUGCUGUGAGUGUGGGAAAACCUUCGCUCGGAGCUCAGCCUUUAUUAACCAUCAGAGGAUCCAUACAGGGGAGAAACCCUAUGAAUGCUGUGAGUGUGGGAAAACCUUCACUUGGAGCUCAGCCCUCGUUAACCAUCAGAGGAUCCACACAGGGGAGAAACCCUAUGAAUGCAGAGAGUGUGGGAAAAAUUUCACUGAGCGCUCAACCCUUAUUAACCAUCAGAGGAUCCAUACAGGGGAAAGGCCCUAUGAAUGCAGAGAGUGCGGGAAAACCUUCCCUCAGAGCUCAGCUCUUAUUAGCCAUCAGAGGAUCCACACUGGGGACAAACCAUAUGAAUGCUGUGAGUGCAGGAAAACAUUCCUUCGGCACUCACACCUUAUUAGACAUCAGAUGAUCCACACAGGUGAGAAACCCUAUGAAUGCUGUGAGUGUGGGCAAACCUUCACUCAGAACUCAAAUCUUAUUACACAUCAGAGGAUCCACACGGGGGAGAAACCUUAUGAAUGCUGUGAGUGUGGAAAAAUAUUCACUUGGAGCUCACACCUUAUUAGACAUCAGAGGACCCACACAGGUGAGAAACCCUAUGAAUGCUGUGAGUGUGGGAAAACGUUCCCUCAGCACUCACACCUUGUUAGACAUCAGAGGAUCCACACAGGUGAGAAACCCUAUGAAUGCUGUGAGUGUGGGAAAAACUUCCCUCAGCUCUCACACCUUAUUCGACAUCAGAGGAUCCACACAGGUGAGAAACCCUAUGAAUGCUGUGAGUGUGGGAAAACCUUUGCUCGGAACUCACACCUUAUUAGACAUCAGAGGAUCCACGCAGGAGGGAGAUCCUAUGAAUGCUCCAAGUGUCGGAAAUACUUCCAUCAGAGCUCAGCCUUUAUUUAUCAUCAGAGAAGCUGCAAGGGAGAUAGAAUCAUAGAAUAUCAGGGUUGGAAGGGACCUCAAGAGGUCAUCUAGUCCAACCCCCUGCUCAAAGCAGGACCAAUCCCCAAUUAAAUCAUUCCAGCCAGGGCUUUGUCAAGCCUGACCUUAAAAACUUCUAAGGAAGGAGAUUCUACCACCUCCUUAGGUAACGCAUUCCAGUGUUUCACCACCCUCCUAGUGAAAAAGUUUUUCCUAAUAUCCAACCUAAACCUCCCCCACUGCAACUUGAGACCAUUACUCCUUGUCCUGUCCUCUUCUACCACUGAGAAUAGUCUAGAACCAUCCUCUCUGGAACCACCUCUCAGGUAGUUGAGAAUCAAAACCUUGUCUAGAGCUGAGGGAAGUUUUUGUUUUCCUUUUGCUAGUUCCCACUUAGUGAGUUUAAAGGAAGCUUUGUGCCCCCAUGGUCUUUCAGUUCCCCCAGCUGAGUUAUCUGCUUUUCCCAUUUGUAGCUCACCCUCCCUUGCGGGGGAGGAAUCCCACAGCCUUUUUCAGCAACUCAUUUGUCCUGUGUGAUGGAGGUGUGUGUCCCUCCAACCGGAAUCUCAAUCAAUCCCAGGUGGGGGAACCAGGAGUGACCUCAACUAAGUACAUGGAGGUUAAAUCUAUGUGGGCCUUGACUCAACUAGGAUUUUCCAUGGAGUUAGCUACCUUCAAUUAGUUAUCCUAAUGUAAAAACACAAGUAUUUUUUCAAUUGAAAAAUACCCCAUAUAUGGUGGCCAGGAUAAUUUAGCAAAUUUCCUCAACACUUGGCAUAACCUCCAUCACUUUUCCUAGUCUAAACACAUUUGGAGCAUCACAUUUAAACUUUUCCUCCCAUGGCAAAUAAAUUGUUAGUCACCAGGUUCCCACACUAGGGACAGAUUGUUUCAUUCCCAGUUGUUCUCACAUUACACUGGGUUCUGCUGAACAUUUUUCUACCAGUUAAAUAUAACAAAGAGAAGGAGCAGGAUUAGGGAUGGGGGGCAAAAAUUUCAACCUCUGUGACACCUGAAGAAGUGAGUUAGAGGGAUUCCCACCUUCCGAAUUACCCCAGCAAUGUUUGAGCCAAAUAGAAUUUAUCUUCUCCAUUGUCUACACCUCCACCCGUCAUUGUGUCUUAUGAUUCAGUGUUCUCAGUCUUCUGCUUGGGAAUCACAUUUUGUUUUCUUUGAUCAUAAAACAGUAUUUUUGAAACUGAGAUGACAGUGUCACAGACCUGCAAGGGGAAUUUGAAUGGAUCUCAAACACAGCAUGAUCACUGGGAGUUCAAAUCCUGGUUUCCAACUGUUGGGAAAGCCUCUUCUAGGAUUUUUCCUACUGAGAUGAGAUUGUUUGCAGAUGGAGAGGUUAAAUUUGCUUUGUUUAAUUUUCCAUUAUGAUGAUGCUAGAACUUUUGAAAAUAAUAAAACUCAAGCAGUCAAGUGAUUAAAAAAAUUAAUCACAAUAUUAAAAAAAUUAAUCAAUUGUGCAAUUAGUUGCACUGUUAAAGAAUAAUAGAAUACCAUUUAUUUAAAUAUUUUUGGAUGUUUUCUACAUUUUCAAAUAUAUUGAUUUCAAUUACCACACAGAAUGCAAAAUGUACAGUGCUCACUUUAUAUUAUAAUUUUUAUUACAAUUAUUUACACAGUAGAAUACAAAAUAAAUUGUAUUUUUCAAUUCACCUAAUACAAAUAAUGUAG